AUGCCCAGUAUUUUCGGUGUCAUCUGUUUCUUUGGGAUUAUUGGAAACUGCAUUGUCAUCUACACCAUUGUGAAGAAGACCAAGUUCCGAGCCCAGCAGACAGUGCCGGACAUCUUCAUCUUCAGCUUGUCUUUAGUGGACCUCCUCUUCCUCCUGGGCAUGCCCUUCCUCAUCCACCAGCUCCUGGGCAACGGUUCCUGGUGCUUUGGUGACAUCAUGUGCACGGUCAUAACCGCCUUGGACUCCAACAGCCAGAUAGUGAGCACCUACAUCCUCACUGUCAUGACUCUGGACCGCUACCUGGCCAUGGUCCAUCCCAUCCGCUUCAACCAUGUGCGCACACCCUGCGUGGCGGGGGCUGCGGUGGGUUUGGUGUGGGUGCUCUCCCUGGUCUCCAUCACUCCCUUUUGGAUGUAUGCUGGCCUUAUGCCCCGAGGGGAUGGCUCAGUGGGCUGUGCCCUCCUGUUGCCCAAUCCAGCCACUGCCACCUACUGGUUUACUCUCUACCAGUUUGUGAUGGCCUUCGCCCUGCCUCUGGUCAUCAUCUGCGUGGUGUUCUUCAAGAUCCUUCAGAACAUGUCUGCCACAGUGGCCCCCCUGCCCCAGCGCAGCUUGAGAGUACGUACACGUAAGGUGACCCGUAUGGCUGUGGCUAUAUGCCUGGCCUUCUUCAUCUGCUGGGCUCCGUACUACAUCCUGCAGCUGGCCCACCUGGGGGUUCAGAGGCCCAGCUUUGCCUUCCUCUAUGUCUACAACAUUGCCAUCAGCAUGGGUUACGCUAACAGCUGCGUCAACCCAUACCUCUACAUUUUGCUGAGUGAGACCUUUAAGAGGCAGGUCAUUGUGGCCAUCCGGCCGAACAAUCGGGUCUUCGGGUUGAACUCUGUCAUGGCUGACGGUAGUGUGUGUCUGAGACUGGCCCCAGAGUGUAAUCAUCAGUCUCAGUCCUCCAGAGACCUACUAGUACACAACAUGCUGCCUGUCACUGUGGCUGUGCACUGA